AUGGCGGCGGAACGGGAAGCGACACCAGACCUUGCCGAUUCCGACGAGGAGCAGGAAGCGGAAGAAGCGCUGACUCCACCACGAGUCGAAGAAGCUGCGGACGUUGAAGUGGUCGAAGGCGAUACAGCAUCUGAGACGGUCGGGCAAGAAACUACGCCGCCAUCGCCUCGCCUAGCACCCGUUUCACUCCCGUCAUCCGCAGACAUCAGAGAGUCUUUGCAAGACGAUGUCGCCCCGAUGCCACCCGCGAGCCCACGACCCAGCGCCGGAACGCCAUCGGAUCGUCGUCGUCCUGGUCAAGAGCAGAAUGCGGAUCCCCCUGUUGACGAACUGAGCAAUAAGCUGAAGUUGUCCUCUUCUUCUGGAUCUGUAGCACAAGGCGGAUUCCGUGCACCAGGUGAUCCAGCUUCAGCGACUCCUCAACGAGCUCGCCUCAUUCCUGCCAUCAACUUGAGGACAGAAACUGCUCGUGCGGGCGAAGUGGAUCGUGUUGGCGAGCUUGGGAUUCCUCUGCCGAGAGCUAGUCGUGAAGGUACAACGAUGCCUGAUGACUUUGGCAGUCCGCUGCAACGAACAUCGCGCACCGACACCCCUUUGAGUGAGUCGGAAAACGUGGACACGAACGACACAUCUCCCCCGAGCACUCCGAAGCCGCGACCACUGGAUGAAGAUGAUGAAGACGACGAGAAUGAAGAUCCCGACCAGAUGUACUCCGUACCCAACCUCGUCCCAGUUAACGAACCUUCUGAAAGGCCAGAAGCUCGGCUCAUGCGCCGGCUGAUGCCUCAAUUAAGGCCAUUUAAUCCAAAGCAUGGCAUAACGACGUACAGCCUCAUCCCGGACGACCGCCAGACAGAGAUCGAUGGCGUCGCUCGGCCGCUCUGGGGCAUACUCGGCAACAUGGGUGACCGCCUCGCUGAAGGCUCCACAAACGGCAACUACCUGCUGGAGCGCAGAGAACUCAUCCAACACUGGCAGCGCAUGCAACGCCAGGGCUUCCAAGAGUAUGAAUUCUUCCAGUACGCCGUCUACGUCCUCAAGCAGAUUGAAGCCGACAAGCGCGGGACCAUCGACAGAAUGCUCGACAUGACUGAUACUUGGGGUGGACCUGUGCGGGACAAGAAGGGCAAGAUUGUGGAGCGAGUGGCGAGGGAUGCAAUCAAUCGCCAUCCGAGCGACGUCGGAAGCUUGACGCCCCGCUACAAAGGGAUGUCGCCUCCGAAGAGGGGCCCCAGCGGGAGUUCGCAGAGGGAGGGUUUGUACAAGAAGGUACUGAAGAAGGAACACAAGAAGUUCACGUCGCCGCAGACCAGCGAGGAUGAUCAUGGAGAAGCACGGUAUCAGGUUGAUGGACCAGCAACUCCUUGUCCGCCGAAGAAGAAGAGGCUGGUGAUUCACGGGCCCAGAAAGCCGAAGACGGAUGAAGAUGUUGAGAUGGCGGACGAUCUUGGCCUGUCAGCGGCUGAGAUCAAAGAGCAGAAGCGGAUGUACCUCGACAUCCAAGGCCAGAAGCGGGCAUUCGCCGACGUCAAAAGGGGCCGCAGCAGCUUGCCCAAACCUCAAGGUCGAAGGCUAAGCACAGGUCAAAACACCAACUACCACAUCAUCGGCUGGGAACUCGCGGAAGCAGGUCGCACCCUGAUGUACAACGUCUUAUACGACAAUGCGGCCAAAUCGCAUUGGUUCAAAGCUCUCAACAUGCAAGGCGAAGUCUGGACGGAGAAGAUGGAGGAGUUUUGGUUCGACGGCGACACGGCGAUUCUCGAGAGACUGCGCUUCGAACAGGCGUGGGCUGCCGACCCUCCAGGACAGAUGACCAUGCGUGACCUGGAGCGAGCACGCAGAGAGGGAGCGCCGGAGCCUUCAUCGUUUGGGAAGUAUAUCAUGCAGGCGCGGCUUGUUGACCACCGUGAUAUCGUGUUCGAAAUCUACAAUGCGGGAGAGCCUCUGGGAGAGGGGAUCGAUCCGUGGGAGUUUGCUCAGACUCUUCCGAACGAUUGGGAUGACGCUAUCAAUGACUACUGGAAGACGUACGAGGUCAAGAAGGAUUGGUAUAAGAGGAUGAGGCAGGUGGAGAAGUUGAAGCUGGUUCGUCCGAAUGGUCGUUGUUCGUGA